CAGCAGCAGCAGCAGCAGCAAAAGGCCAGAAUGCAGCUGUGUAGAGGCAGCAGCACUGCGAAGGGUCACAGCGGCCCCCAAAAGGGUCCCCAAGAGUUUCUUGGGGGCCCCCUGGGGCUGGGGCCCCCAGGGGCUCUCGUAGCAGCUCCUGCAGCAGCAGCAGCAGCAGCAGCUGAGGGCGGGGCCCUGCAGUGGGCGAAGCUGCUGCCAGACGGCAGCGGCAUUUGCGGUGUCUAUGCAGAUGGGCUUGUCCGCUUUUUUGCUACUCCGGAGAGCCUUAGCGUCACUGGGCGGCAAGCGGAGCAGGAGGGCGCCGCAGCAGCAGCAGCAACGGAAGCAGCAGCAGCACCAGAAGCAGCAGCAGCAGCAGCAGCAGAGGUUUUGUCUCCUUGGCUUGAGGUAGCAGCAGGAGAGGCUGUGUGGGAUCUGGCUUUCCCGCCGCAGCUGUUUGCACAGGAAGCAGCAGACAGUUGCUGCUGCGCCAUAUCUGUACUAGACCACCCGAUUCAGGUGCGUCGUUUGGUGGACGGCUGCGCAGUUUGUUCGCUGCUGUUUGUGGACCGCGGAGAAGAGCUGCAGCAAAUCUUCGCUGUCGCUUUUGCUGGCAGCAAGCUGCUGCUGGCAGCAGCAAAAAGCGCCUUCGCACUUUUCGACCUAGACAGGCCCCCCAAACCCGUCCAGGAGUGGCAGUUGGGCACUCGGCGCAGCAAGGGCUCCAGCGUGCAGAAGGGCGUCAUAUCUAAACCCUAA